AGCGCCCGGAUGAACUGGCGCUACACACACACACACAGCCAGCCCUCGUUUGCCUUAUAAGGGACAACCGAUUAACGUAUCAUAAGCACUGCCGUCUAUCCAGUGAGGGUAGGGACGACUUCAGGAAACAAAACAGACCUACAAAGAAGAAGUAAGAAGGCACUCCGCGACACAACCUCUUUGGACACGCUGUACUUGGCUCUGCAGUUCGUUUAGGGGCAUACGCUCCUUUUAAUGCCACAGCAACAGGGCAGCAGUAUGUCUGAAGCCAAACCCGGCCAGCGGUUCCACAGUCUGAACGCUGAGCAGGUGGAGGUUCUGCAUCAGGUGCUAUCUGACGUGGUCCCGAUUCAUGGGCGCGGCAACUUUCCCACUCUGGAGCUGAGGCCUCGUGACAUCAUCAUCGCUGUGAGGGCCCGGCUGCAGCGGCAGGGCAUCCACGUCAGGGACGUGCGCCUAAACGGCUCCACCGCCAGCCACGUUCUAGUUUGCGAUAACGGCACCAGCUAUAAAGACCUAGACAUCAUCUUCGGAGUGGAGCUGCCCAGUCAGGAGGAGUUUCAGGUGAUAAAGGAAGCAGUGCUGGGUUGCUUGCUGGACUGCCUUCCCACUGGGGUCAACAAGGAGCGGAUCAGCAGUGCUACAAUGAAAGAAGCCUAUGUGCAAAAGAUGGUUAAAGUUUUCAAUGAGCAUGAUCGCUGGAGUCUCAUCUCUCUCUCAAACAACAGCGGCAAAAAUCUUGAACUUAAAUUUGUCAGUUUGUUAAGGCGACAGUUUGAGUUUAGCGUGGACUCUUUUCAGAUAAUUUUGGACCGCCUCCUUGAGUCUUACAUGGCGCAGGACUUGCAAAGAAAAACUAAAGACGUUGACCUCAAAGAACACCCAGGGGAUAAUCAGAACAAGCAGACAGGUGCUUCUCCUAAACAAGGUGAAAUGGAGAAGUCUAGCCAAACCACACGGACAGACAGAGUGCACGAAAAGGAGUCGCAAACUGAACUAUCUUUGCAAAACAACGACCAAACAAAAGACUCAAAGCUUAAAAAGAAAGAAAAUUUUGGUCAAAAAACACCUGCAGGGUUGAAAGACAUCACUGAACAUGGUGGAAAUGUCAUACCCAGCCUCCAGACUACUUCAAAUGACUUUUCCAAGCAGCAGGGUGAAAUACAGGAAACUGAAAGUGAGACUUUGGACAAGACUGAACGCCAGAAAAUGGCAGAACACUCAGUCCAAAUUUGUCCGUGCGAUGACAGGGAGGCACUAUGUUCAAACCAGGAACUGUGUGUCCAGAAAGAGCCAUCUAACCACUCAGAAGAGGCAGAGAUAACUGAGAAAAAGGGACAAUUUGAGCUGCCAGAAAUCUCAGAUAAAAGUGGGGGCGACCUGGCACAAGAAAUGCUCGGUAAUGGACACUCAGAUGAAGGAAAGUGCUCAAACCAGGAGCGAAGCGAAGAUGAAAACGCUACUUCUACUACAGAGGCAGAAAUAUCUUUGAAUGCAGAAGCAGAGUUACACACACUAGCGACAGAUCAGAAGAAAAGAGCUGUGGAGAGCAAGACAGGGGAGAAGAUAGGAACAGAGAGAGUCAAUGACAGCCAGGAAAGCGAAACAAAUGAAGGUAGUUUCGCUUCAGAAACGCAACACAAAGACACUACAAGUUCAGAUAGUUCCUGCUCCACCUUGUCAAAUCAUCAAGCUCAGAGUGCAUCAGAUACACUAGAAAUUCCCCAUACACUUUUAACAGAAAGCGCAGAGAAUACUCAGGAUAAUCUACUCGCACCAUCCAGCCUUCUUCUCAUUGACAAAAAAACCUCGAAAGCAUCGGAACGACUGUCCUACAUGGUGGUGCUCAAACACUCCUCGCCAAAACCUCCUCGGAGAAUGUGCCGAAAAGUCUCCCCCACUUCCAUUCAGCAAAAUGAAACCAUCCAGACUUCAUCUUUGGAUCCUUCUCCCUGUCCCAGCCCUGAACCUGAAGAAACCUUGAAAUCAAAUGAAAAUAUUUUAGACUCAUCCAAAAUUGAAAAUCACACCUCUUCCACAAAUGUAGAACCAAGCUCAGACCUUACCUCAUCAUCUACUGAUUUAACACCAAAUUCACCUUUACACACAUGUGAGAAAGCAUCGCAAGACUCACCAGCGCCACCUCCUGACCAACAAAUCGAGCCUAUCACCGUUGCUUCUUUAGAAACUGCCUCUGCUGCGAUACAAUCAGAUCCACCUGACUUACAGAACCAAGAAAGUUCUGAAAUCCAAAAAUCUAUUGAAAAUACCUCAGAAGUUGUGCUCAGCGAUGCCGUAAAAAAAAUAGACGUUGACGAAGCGAAGAGCGUAUCACUUGAGAUCAAUCAAUGUGCAGCCCCUCCCGUGUCCUGCCUUGCCCCUCCAAUUUUAAGCUUCUCCGCUCCAUGCUACACCCCAUCACCUCCGAGCCUUAGCCCUCCUCCUUGUAUAACUCCUCCAUCUCUUUGCAUAAACACAGUUAGUCCUUCUACAAGCUUUAGCUCUGCCCCGUUGAGUUUCAGUCCUACCUCAUCUUGUCUUAGUUCUCCUCCGUACCUCACGCCCCCCAUGCUUAGCCUUAGCCCCCCACCCUCCUGCCUGAGCCCACCCCUCCUCUGUCUCACUCCUCCGGUGGAUUCGGCAGACCUAGUAGCUCAGGUAUCCACAGACGUAGACAUGCCUUUGAUUCUUGACACAGACAGUAAUGAGCAGCAGUCGAAAGAGACUGCUACUCAGCAAGCAGUUCCCCUUUUAGAGACAGUGGACGAGAAACAGGUAGAUUAUAUAUCAACUCUGCCUCAGGGCUCUAAACCUGUGUCUUUCCCCAUCACCAUCCCCAAUGCAACCACAAAUGUGCUGCCUCAAUCCAUAGAGCCAGUGGAGUCUGCUGCUCCCAUAGCGGAUGUGGCACCUAUUGGGAUGCAAGAAAGCAAAAUUCUAUCUCAAAAUAUCAUGCCCGAACCUUGUCUGAAUUCAAUUGGGUCUGCCCCGGAUGUGGAGGUCCUGGCUGAAAGCAUGUAUGGGGAUUUUGAAGCAGCUAUGGACCACCUACGCUACAGACUAAUAGCGACGAGGAAUCCAGAGGAGAUCCGUGGAGGAGGACUUUUGAAAUACAGCAACCUGUUGGUGCGGGAUUAUCGCCCGGCCAGCGAGACUCAGAUAAAGACGUUGGAGCGUUACAUGUGCUCACGUUUUUUCAUAGACUUCCCAGACGUGCAGGAGCAGCAGAGGAAGAUCCUGUCCUACUUGAAGAAUCACUUUAUCGGUGAGGAGAGAAGUAAGUACCAGUACCUGAUGACACUGCGGCGUGUGGUGGAUGACAGCACUGUGUGUCUGAUGGGACAUGAGCGCCGACAGACCCUAAACAUGAUCACAGUCCUGGCUCUCAAAGUGCUGGGUGAGCAGAACAUUAUCCCCAACACAGACCAUGUGACCUGCUUCUACCAACCCGCACCCUACAUCACUGAGCCCAGCUAUUGCAGCUACUACAUCCCCCAGGGGGGCUCUGCCCUACUCUACCAGCCAUACCCUUUACACCUGCACUCACAGACUGGACUGGUCUAGGGCUCGCUCAGCAAAGACAACAACAGCUAAGCAAAGACAACUGUGCUCAAAUCAAAUCUGGAGAAUAGAUUAUAAUCCAGGGAUAAACUGUUGGUCUAUAAUAGACCUCUGGAGGUGGGAUUGAGUGGGUUCUCAGUAAACUCCGUGAGGAUCUAACAUGAUUAUAUGUAAUUAUGUGGGCUUUGUGGGAAAAUAAUAAUUCUUCCGAUAUUGUUAAAAUUCCAGAAAAUGCCGUAUGCACUGCAUGAGUCAUCAGCCUUUGGUCUCCAUGGGAAACCAACUGUGCUGCUGACACUUGCCGACACAAACACACAAGCACACACACAAAGCAGGGCCUGUUCCAGCUAUUAGUGGACAAUAGACUUACAAAAAUGGGCCUCAAAGGUAUCUGUGUUUAUCUAAUGAGUUUAGGAAUAAAGGGUGGUCAUGUCCUAAAUAUCCUCUGUGAACAUUGGCUUGGUUCCACUUUUUAUAAACUCUGUGGUUUAAAUGAGGAAAGUCAUGUCAUGUUGUUGAGUAGACAGCAUGAUUUUCUCUAAUCUAUAUAUUAUCAAAUCAGAUUUUGGUCCUCACAUUUUUCAACAUAAAAAUGACAGAAAAGUAUGUUUGUUUGUUUGUUUGUUUUUUAUCUGCCUAUUGUAUAGCUGAAGUGUUAUCUCAUAUUCAGCCCUAUCUUAAUAAUUCUUAGUUCAAUUGAACAAGUUCAGUCCCUACAUGAGCAUUUUACACAGACCUCCACAGUAGCUUGAAUGGGCCCUGUGUUCAGACUGUACAUAGACACUAUUUUCGGCAGGCCCUUGUCGUGAACUUUUCCAUGUUCUUAUUGUGGCGUUCUCAAUGGGUUUGUUCAGACGUGGACUUUUUGCCUGUGUUUGAUAUUGUGCAUGGAUCAUAGGACUGUUCUCUCACUGCCAAAUACUGUGUGACUACUAUGCUUCUUAACAGUUCAAUGUAUCUUCGUUAUUUACUAAAGAGUCGUAUUUUGGGGUAUAAAAAACAUUACAGAGUCUACCAGUGUGUACAGAAAUUUCACACAUGCACGCACAGCCAAAACAUACAUACAACUAUAUGCACACAAACAAUGCAUGAGUAGCUUACUAUUUAUUUAGACAACAUACAGAAGUCCAAGCAAAGGAUUUUAACUAAAUAAAAGUAUCUAUUUUUGCAAGAAUUUCCAAGAUUAUAAUCAAUGGUGAUGAACGUGUGGUUUCUAUGUGGUAAAUGCCAACAACAAUGCCUUUGCAAUAGUACUGUACAGUGUAUCGGUUACAGUAUUGUGUGAAAAAAUGGCAUUGUUUUCAGGUUCCUUGUGUUAGGGCUUAGUGCUUGGUUCCUUUCUGUUGUGUGGUCCUUUCUGUGACGUACUGUACGAUCUAGUGUUGGGUUUAUUUAUUGAUGAUGUUUACUCAGUGGAGGAGAAGAAACCAUCUUUGGGUCAUCUCAAAAUGUGAUGGAUAUGAUCUGUCAGAAUGUUUACAUUUAAGUUACUCCUUCUGCGUUUUCAAAGGCUUUGCUCACACUGGACUCAAUAGUGGGAAUUUUGUUUUCUAUGUUAUGAUAUUGUUUAUUAUUGUUUAUGUGAAAGAUAGCCGUGUCCAGAGAAAAUGUAUUAUUUUUCAAUAAUUUCAAUAAUUUUGGACAUUUGAGUGAAGGCAUUAUGUAAAUUAAUUCAACUGUUCUUUGUAUGACAAGAAAUUAGCAGUUUUUUAAAGAUGUGUUAUGAUAAAAUUAGUAUUUGUAUUCUAACAUUUAAGAACAUUUUGUCUGACUAAAAACUAUACAAGUCUAAAGACAUGGUGAAUAUCAGAUUUGUAAUAUUUUCUUUAAAAUGUGAAUUUGGUCUUCAGCACCACGGACAGCUCUACUUUAGUUUAUAAAAAUGGAUUUUAUUUAUAAUCCACCUAUUUGGAGAAAAAUAUGUAAAUAGUUCCAGCAAGUUAAUGAAUCUAAAUUAGUUAAAGGUGCACUAUGUAACUUUUUUAUGACAGAGGGUUUGCUACCUUCUUAACUCCAUGGAGAGCUCCAAGUUGAUUUGCCUGAAAUCUUCUAGAGUAUGGCAUUUAACUGAUCUUUUUUCCAAAUUGGCCUGUUUUGUGUCCAGUGUGAACCAGCCCUCCUCACUUCACUGGGAACAGGGAGAACUGGUUCAGAUUCACCUCAGUCUAAGUUCAGAGUGACUUCAACUAUGACCAAAGAUGGUUGGGCGGGGACAUUAAGUGCCUAAACGUGGGACAUGUAUUUGGAGGCGUGUCUCAUCUGUCUGCACUGGGGGUGGGAGUGGGACCGGGACGGGUUCGUGUCCAGUUGUUGACUCCUGUUAUUGCUGCCUGUUUUGAUGUCUUCUUUAAUGUAGUCCUUUGUUGUAUUUUGUUCAUGUAUUUUGAUAAAAUAAAGGACAAAGAUAAAC